AUGACCGUGUAUACGCACACAGCUCUAAAGAAGCUGAGGAAGUCAUUGGAAGAAUGGAAAGAGAUCAUCACACUUCCUCAGCGAUGGUUUGGUGGAGAGUUUGCUUUGAUGGCACCACAAAGUAGGAUUCCGCUCCAGCUCAAAAGGCCAAGUCAAGUCAGCAGUGGCUGGAAAAGAACAUUCCAUCAGGAAGCCUUGAUCUUAACCCACUAG